AUGGCCUUGCCAAAUGUGAGAAACAUUGAUUUUUAUAUCCCUGCUCCCAGCAAGCGUCCCCGGGACGAGGAUGGAGGAGCAGCAGGAGCAGAGGAGGACUUGAGGGGAGGGAAGCAGCAGAAAGGAAUGGGUGCUCGGGAGCUGGCGAGAUACCGGGAGGCAGCAGCAGGCGUAGGAAUAGAAGCAGGUUUUGAAAUGAGAGAGACUGAAGAGCUGACUGGGGACAAGAAGAAGAUCCUGGAGAAACUGAUGGACCAGGAUGAAGAAGAACCCGAGGCAGAGCCGGUCGACGAGAGUUCGGUGAAGAAGAUGAUCUUGACCUUUGAAAAGAGGUCGUACAAAAACCAGGAGCUGAGGAUCAAGUUUCCAGACAGUCCAGAGAAGUUCAUGGAAUCGGAGCUGGAUCUGAACGACAUCAUCCAGGAGAUGCACGUGAUUGCCACGAUGCCAGAUCUGUACCACCUGCUGGUGGAGCUCAAUGCCGUUCACUCGCUGCUGGGCCUCCUCAGUCACGAGAACACUGAUGUGGCCAUCGCAGUAGUGGACCUGCUACAGGAGCUGACGGACAUCGACACGCUCCAUGAGAGUGAGGAGGGCGCUGAGGUGCUCAUAGACGCUCUGCUGGAGGGCCAGGUGGUGGCCUUGCUGGUCCAGAACAUGGAGCGGCUGGACGAGCAGGUGAAAGAGGAGGCGGACGGCAUCUACAACACACUCGCCAUCAUAGAAAACAUGGCGGAGUUCAGACCGGGCCUGUGCACCGAGGCAGCCCAACAGGGACUCAUGCAGUGGCUGCUCAAGAGGAUCAAGGCGAAGAUGCCGUUUGAUGCGAACAAGCUGUACUGCAGUGAGAUUCUGGCCAUCCUGCUGCAAAACAAUGACAGUACCAGGGAGCUACUGGGGGAGAUGGAUGGCAUUGAUGUGUUACUGCAGCAACUAUCUGUGUUCAAACGUCACAACCCGUCCACAGCUGAAGAACAGGAAAUGAUGGAGAACUUGUUCGACGGUCUGUGCUCCUGCCUCAUGCUUCCUACCAAUCGGGACCGCUUUCUCAGAGGAGAGGGGCUUCAGCUAAUGAAUCUCAUGCUGAGAGAAAAGAAAAUGUCUCGAACCAGUGCUCUGAAGGUCCUGGACCACGGGAUGAUUGGACCAGAGGGAGCAGAUAACUGCCAUAAGUUUGUGGACAUCCUGGGCUUGAGAACCAUCUUUCCUCUUUUCAUGAAAACCCCCAAGAAGAUGAAGAAAACUGGUGCUUCAGAGAAAGAGCAUGAAGAGCACGUCUGCUCCAUCAUCGCCUCCAUGCUGAGAAACCUCAAGUCCCAGCAGAGAAGCAGACUCCUCAACAAGUUCACAGAGAACGACUGCGAGAAGGUUGAUCGACUGAUGGAGCUGCAUUUUAAGUACCUGGAGGCUGUUCAACAGGCUGACAAGAGGAUCGAAGGAGAGAAACAUGAGAUGGUUCGUCGGGGGGAGAUCCUGGACGACAGCAUGGAGGACGAGUUCUACCUUCGCCGCUUGGACGCCGGACUCUUUGUCCUUCAGUUGAUCUGCUACAUCAUGGUGGAGAUCAGCAACUCAGGGAUCUCCCAGCUGCAGCAGAGGGUCCAUCAGAUUCUCAACCUGAGAGGAGGUUCUGUCAAAGUCGUGCGUCACAUCAUGAGAGAGUACGCUGAGAGCAUCGGGGAUGGAAAGAGUGACGAGUUCAAGGAGGCAGAGCGGAAAAGGAUCAUGGACCUUGUUGACAGUUUCUAAUCCUGCUGUUUGUCUCACACACACACACACACACACACACACACACACACACUCGAAUACAAAUGAUGUGUCACAUGUGGAACUGAUAAACACACAGAAGCACUGCUAAAAAUAAUUGGACUAAAAGAAAUUAUUGGAUUGUUUUCAUGCCUUUAAGAGAUGUAAUAACAGUUUACUUGUGGCUGAGUCGUUGACAUCCAGUGUGGGGAUCACAUCACCUGAGAAACCCAUGAAGCCAUCAAGUUAUUUAACUGUUAUUGGUCUAAUAAACACCAUCUGUGUGUCAAGGAAUUGGUUAAAGUCCGGUUAGGAGUGUGCGUGGAGAACCGGCGGGAGCAGAACAUGUAGCUUGAGUGGAACCCACGGCCGCCGUGAGCCACGGUGCUGUUUGUGUUCUGAGCUGUGGUGUUGAACGCUGCAGGGUGAUGGGCUCGCUCCCUUCACCUGCUCCGUUUGCUUUGGAUUCAGUUGUAUAAUAUUUUCUAAUAAAAAACAUUUGGUAAUAAAAGUGA